GACAAGACUUGGGUUGGCUGCAUAUAUUUAUGGACAAAGGUGGCAUCUGAGUAUCUAUCUUCUGUGUUCUCUUUUGAGGAAGCGAGAGGAAAAAUGGGGAAAGGAAGAGCGCCUUGCUGUGAUAAGAGCCAGGUGAAGAGAGGUCCAUGGAGUCCUGUUGAAGAUUUGAAGCUCAUUAAUUUUAUUCAGAAACAUGGUCAUGAAAAUUGGAGGGCUCUCCCUAAACAAGCUGGGCUACAAAGAUGUGGAAAAAGUUGUCGGCUUAGAUGGAUUAAUUACCUUAGGCCUGACGUCAGGAGAGGUAACUUCACCAAGGAAGAAGAAGACACCAUUAUCAGGCUUCAUGGAAGCUUGGGAAACAAGUGGUCCAAGAUUGCAUCACAUUUGCCCGGAAGGACAGACAAUGAGAUAAAAAAUGUGUGGAACACUCAUUUGAAGAAAAGGGUUGAUGCUCCAGAGGGUGCUAUUACUCCUAAAGUAAAUGAGUCCAAGGAAUCCUCUUUAACCUCAUCAUCAUCUUCCUCCAGCACAUUGGUGUCGCCGACUAGGAAAAGGAAUCAGGCUCUGGCAGGACUUGAGGGGGAGCAGCCAUGGGAUGAAGGCUCAUCCACGCCUAAAAAACCCCGGCCGUCAGAAACAAAGGGUGUCAAAGCAGGGGAACUAUCAAAUCCAGCUGAUGAGCCUAAGGAAAUUUCAACUUCUUCAGUCUCCUCCACCAUCUCCAAUUCCAGUCAGGCUGUUGUUUCAAAACCAGUGGAUGAUGAAAUUGGAUUACUGCUUGAAUUGGGAGAACCCUUUGGUGCUCCUCCUGGGAUUUGUGAUGAAGUGAACAAGCCAAACAUCUUAGAUUCUGACAUGGACAUCCCAAUUGAGUCUUUUGAUCUUUGGAGCAUGCUGGAGUUGGACAACAUAGGACCAAGUCAGUCAAAUGAUGUUCAAGUAUAUGAUACUGAAGCUGAGAACAAGAAGUGGCUGCAUUUUUUGGAGAAUGAGCUAGGCCUAGAGUCAUCAGAGGAAGUGAACCAACAAAGUCUGACUAAUUCUGCUGUUGAGCCACUAAUCCCUGACCCUGAGAUAUAUUUGAUGAUGCCAGAGACAGAUCCAGAAAUCAUUGAUUCAGCCGGGAAUGCGAUGGCCUCAGAAUCCUGCAGUCUAGACGAAAUCUGGUCCAAUAGUUUCUCACAGAGAUAGAACUUGUACACAUUUUAAGGGACUCCUAACUUUGUUCAGUUGAUUAGGUUUUUCUAUAGUUGUAUGAUGGGUAUAUGAUAAAUAUUCAUCAAAGUCAAAUUUAUCAUAUAGUUAAAUUUAUCAUGAGGUGAAUCCUUUUAGUACUUAAAUUUAUCAUAAAGUAAACCCUUUUUA